AGCAUUGCUUCUGCACAGUCCUGUUUUUGGAAGCGUUUGCAGGCUCAAGUUCUGCGAACUCCGGGUCGCUUGAAGGGCUUCAGUGCAGGAAAAAGGCAGACAGCUGAGUUACCACAAUGGCAGCAAUGCUCCUCCGGUCGCUGGUAAACACGAAGGCCCCCUUCCAGCUGGGUCGUGUGUGCUACUCCUCCUCCUCAGUGCCCACCACCAAGCUGUUUAUUGAUGGCAAGUUCGUGGAGUCCACCUCAUCUGAAUGGAUAGACGUCCACAACCCUGCCACUAAUGAAGUGGUGACACGCGUUCCCAAAGCCACUCAGGAGGAGAUGCUGGCGGCUGUGGAUUCCUGCUCCCGAGCCUUCCCGGCCUGGUCCGAGACCUCCAUCCUGACCAAGCAGCAGAUCUUCCUGCGCUACCAGCAGCUCAUCAAGGAUAAUAUUAAAGAAUUGGCAAAAAUAAUUACCUUGGAGCAGGGCAAAACUCUUGCAGAUGCAGAGGGAGACGUGUUUAGAGGACUGCAGGUGGUCGAACACGCCUGCAGCAUCACCUCCCUCAUGCUGGGGGAGACCUUGCCCUCCAUCACCAAGGACAUGGACACCUACACCUACCGCCUGCCCCUCGGAGUCUGCGCCGGCAUCGCCCCUUUUAACUUCCCUGCCAUGAUCCCGCUGUGGAUGUUCCCGAUGGGGAUGGUGAGCGGCAACACGUACCUGAUGAAGCCGUCGGAGCGGGUCCCGGGCUGCACCAUGCUCCUGGCCAAGAUGCUCCAGGAUGCUGGGGCACCGGACGGUACUAUCAACAUCAUCCACGGGCAGCACGCAGCGGUGAACUUUAUCUGCGACCACCCAGCCAUCAAAGCCAUCAGCUUUGUGGGAUCCAACCAGGCGGGAGAGUAUAUCUACGAGCGCGGCUCCAAAAAUGGGAAGAGAGUGCAGUCCAACAUGGGUGCCAAGAACCACGGCGUGGUGAUGCCUGAUGCCAAUAAAGAGAACACCAUCAACCAGCUGGUGGGCGCUGCGUUCGGAGCAGCUGGUCAGCGCUGCAUGGCGCUCUCCACGGCCAUCUUUGUCGGGGAGUCUCGUGAAUGGCUCCCAGAGCUGGUGGAGCGCUCCAGGUCGCUGCGUGUAAACGCAGGUGACCAGCCGGGAGCCGACGUGGGUCCCCUGAUCUCCCCCGACGCCAAGGCUCGGGUGGAGUCCCUGAUUCAGAGCGGGGUUGACGAGGGAGCCCGUCUGCUGCUGGACGGGAGGAAGGUUCACGUCAAAGGAUACGAGAACGGGAACUUUGUAGGACCCACCAUCCUGAGCAGUGUUACGCCGGCCAUGAAAUGCUACACGGAGGAGAUCUUCGGGCCCGUACUCGUCGUACUGGAGGCAGACACUCUUGACGAUGCCAUCGCUUUAAUCAACAGCAACCCUUACGGCAACGGCACCGCUAUCUUCACCAACAACGGAGCCACGGCACGCAAAUACACACACGAGGUGGACGUCGGCCAGAUAGGAGUGAACGUACCCAUCCCUGUGCCUCUCCCUAUGUUCUCCUUCACCGGCUCCAGAGGUUCGUUCAGAGGUGACACCAACUUUUACGGCAAACAGGGCAUUCAGUUCUUCACUCAGAUUAAAACUGUGACGGCACAGUGGAAGGCUGAAGAUGCCACUGUAACAAGCCCAGCCGUUACCAUGCCAACCAUGGGACGCUAAGCUGAUGUGACAGCUCACUGCAUAUUGACUCCGUACAUGCCUUAGGAAGAAGAAACCCAACCUGGGAGGUUUUUGGAAUGAAGGUUACAUGUCCUUUUCACUACUGAGACAUAUUUAAACUGUGGGUUAUUAGAAGACGGUUUCAUUUUUAUAAAUGUCAUCUGUUCUACACAAAUUGCACCUCAUUUCCUUUUACACUCGGAAAGAAUACACUACCCAUGCACUGACCGAUGGUGAGAGUUUCAAUGUGGGUUUAUUGUUGUAUUUUUCCUUUUCCUGUGCUGACCAGUGGGGUCGUGAUUUCAUCACGGUCUCUGCCUCAUGAAUCACUGAGUGCCGUCAUCAGAUUUCUCAAAAGGAUCAGAUCAUCAUGUUUGUUAGCAGCAACAGCAAAUGUCUUCCAUAAAUAACUCCUGAGGUUCAUUAGCCUGUUUACCGGAUGUAGUAGUUACUCGAAAUGUGAAUGGAAUAAAUGUUACACCACAAUGUGGACAAAGCCACUUUUUACCCCAUUAAAAAUGAAAAUGUUGUAGCUUUGGUUCUGCUUGUGCUCAUGUUCUUGUAGGAAUACCGUCCAGUGUUUGUGGGGGGGUUAGUGUGGUUGGCUUACAGUUUUUGUACUGUACAAUUGGUGUAAUACUAUUUUGUUUUGAUCUGUGGGUUUUUAUUCAAUUUGUAUUACAUUUGUUACAAUACAAACUGUAAAUGCA